AUGUCUACUGAUAAUUUGAAUAUUAAUUUAGAUAAAUCUAAUUCAGAUAAAUCAGAUAAUUCUGAUUCUAAUACUUCAGAUUUUAAUGAAAUAAAAUUAACAAAAAAUGAAAAGUUCUGGUGGUAUCGAGAUAAUGAAAACAUGAAUUAUAAAAGACCAUUAAUAUAUUCUAAUGAUGAUGGACACAUAACUGAAUAUAUUCAAGUUAUAAUAACAAAAGAUAAAAAAUUUUUAAUUGAUUUAUCUUAUAAAUCUCUUAUUAAGAAAUAUAAAUUUAUUAUCGAAAAAGAAAAUGUUAUCGAUGAAAAAACUAAAAUAUUUUUAUUGAAGUUAUUAUAUUCAGAAGCAAAUAUCAAUAAUAUUAAAUUCAAGAAUGGUUGUAAACUUGAUUUUUGUGAUUCUAAUAUUGAAAUUAUUAAUAAAUGA